GACGAACCACGAGCGACCCUUCCCGAGACGCGGGGGGAGGAAAUGGCCAGCGAUGAGUACGAAGUCGAUAAGAUUGUGGAACACAAGUGGGACAAGAAGAAGAGGAAGCGAAAGUACAAAGUCCGGUGGGUGGGAUACGGGCCGUUCUACGAUACGUGGCAAUCCGCGAAGGACCUGAAGAACGCAGAUGAAGUCCUCCGGAAAUACAAGAGACGGCAUAAUCUA